CUAUCUACCAUAUAUGCAUGCAAAAUUAAAACUUGCUUUCCAAGUUAUCUCUCAACAUUUCACCACUCUCAUCAAAACCCUAAUUCAUCAAGAGAAGUUUUAAGAAAAAUAUGGCACCACCACAUGGAGAGGCAAUCACCUUGUCAUCCAAGCCACCAAGACUGUCCAACGACAGUCUUCACCGAACGAAAUCCGACAUGUCAUUCGAAUUGAGCAAAGAAUUCGCAAUGAACGACGUAAGCGACUUCAAACUCCCGGCCCUCCCGGCAAUCUCGGAGGUUGAGGAUGCGAAAUGCGAGUGUUGCGGAAUGAGCGAAGAGUGCACGCACGAAUACAUCGAUCGGAUUCGAAACAAAUUCUUAGGGAAAUGGAUUUGUGGAUUGUGCUCCGAGGCAGUGAAAGAAGAAAUGGAAAAAGGUGGGAAAAAAAUGGAAGAAGCCCUGAAUAUACAUAUGAGUGCUUGUGCUAGGUUUAAUAAGUUCGAUAGGGCUUAUCCAGUUCUGUUCCAAGCUGAAGCCAUGAGGGAAAUGUUGAAAAGAAGCACAAGAAGGACUCAAUCUUUUCCUAAAGGCUCUCAGAAGAAUAAUAGUGGAGGAAUUGCUAGGAGUUCUAGCUGUAUUGCAGCUAUUACUAGAGAUAUGAAUUCUUUGGGAAAUUGAGCAUAAAUUACCCUAAAUUAACUUAUGCCCUAAUCUAUUAAUUAUUUUACUUCUUUUUGGCGUUUUUGAGAUUCGGCUAAAGCUCGAAUUUUGUGUAGCAAUUACGGUUAUUCAACUAUAGUACUUUUGUAGAACGGUUAUCGACGUUCAAUGUGUUAUGUUUUGGUGACUCGACAUUCAUUUAUCAAAUAACGAGAGGUUAACCGAUUAUUUCAUGCUAAGUUUUAUCUAUGUGACAAUCUGUCGGCCACAUAGGUGAGAUUUAGCCUGAAUUGAUAACCUCAUGUUGUUUAGAAAAUGAAUAUUGAAUUAUAAAAUGUCGGUAGUCGUUUUGGAAAUUUAUUAUAGUGGGGUAAGCGUAUAAUAUUUAUAACCCAAGGUUUUUCCUAGCUUCCUUUUUUCAAGAACCAGCCUUUAUAACUAGGUUUUUUUUGGUUGGAUUCAAUCUUUAUUUCUUCAUUAAGGGGCUAGUAUUUAUAAAUUUCUUACUUUGGUUGGUACCAUUUCUAGCAAUCAUAUGUAACAAGAUUUCUUUUUUAUUUUUGGAGUCAAGGGAUUUUAUUUAAUCAAUAGGAAUUGUCUUUAGAGGGAAAAACACUAAAGCGAACCUAGUUCGCUCCGUAAGAUUAGGAAUUGUCCAAUAAUCAGUGGUACGUGAUAUUAUUGAAUGUUAUACGAGAUUCCGGGUUUGAAGUCAGAGUCGGAUCAGAAUUCUGUAUUCUCUUGUGGUUUCUGCCAUUUUCGUUGUCAAGCUAUAGCUAGAAGAAACUGUCUAAUUUAACCGACAUGGAUGUAAUAAUAACAAGAGGCUUUAAGUUGUUGUAACCCUCAAUGUCUUUAAUUAAUUUUUAGUUCAGUUUCAUGUA